AGAGACUUUUGCAAUAAAAUGGGGACUGCUACUGGUGUGCAGCAUCAUAAAACUCACAGAGCACCACAGUCUGGUGCAUCUUCAAAGAAUUCUUCCUCAAAGAAGAAACAAGGGACUUCUAAUGAUGGAAAACAGCAGAAUCCAAAGGCAUUUGCUUUUAGUUCAUCUGUUAAAGCCAAGCGGUUGCAAUCACAAGCAGCAGAGAAAGAGCAGCGCAGGCUUCAUUUUCCUACUAUUGAUCAUUCGAUUGGGGAACCGGCUCCAUAUGUUGUUGUGGUUCAUGGACCUCCUAAGGUCGGGAAGUCUCUAUUGAUAAAAUGUCUAGUGAAGCACUUUACAAAACAAAACUUAUCAGAGGUUCGAGGUCCAAUAACCGUUGUAACAGGAAAGCAAAGGAGAGUACAAUUUGUGGAGUGUCCAAAUGAUAUUAAUGGCAUGAUUGAUGCUGCAAAGUUUGCUGACCUUGUAUUGUUGCUGAUUGAUGGAAGUUAUGGUUUUGAAAUGGAAACUUUUGAGUUUCUUAACAUUUUGCAAGUCCAUGGAUUCCCGAAGGUCAUGGGUGUGCUCACACAUCUUGAUAAAUUUGAAGAUGUGAAGAAAUUGAGAAAAACAAAGCAGCGUCUUAAGCAUCGCUUCUGGACUGAGAUAAAAGAAGGGGCAAAGUUGUUCUAUUUAUCUGGGCUUAUUCAUGGGAAAUACCCUAAACGUGAAAUUCACAACCUGGCUAGAUUUAUCUCUGUUAUGAAACAUCAUCCAUUAUCAUGGAGAGCUGUACAUCCUUAUCUGCUUGUAGAUCGUUUUGAAGAUUUAACACCUUCUGAGCGAUUGCAUUCAAAUAAAAAAUGUGAUAGAAAUAUCAUAUUAUAUGGUUACCUUCGGGGUUGCAAUAUGAAGAGAGCUACCAAGGUGCACAUUGCUGGUGUUGGUGACUUCAGCUUAGCUGGGUUAACGAGCCUGGCUGAUCCCUGCCCUUUGCCAUCUGCUGCCAAAAAGAAAGGACUUCGUGACAAAGAAAAACUUUUUUAUGCUCCCAUGUCUGGUGUUGGAGACCUUCUGUAUGAUAAAGAUGCGGUGUACAUCGACAUAAAUGACCAUUUUGUUCAGUAUUCUAAAGUUGAUGGUGAAAAUGGCGCAAGUGUAAGAAAUGGUAAGGACCAUGAUAUAGGUGAAGCAUUGGUGAAAACACUCCAGACUACUAGAUAUUCAAUAGAUGAGAAGUUGGACAAAAGUUUCAUCAAUCUCUUUAACGUGAAACCUUUUAGUUCAUCGCAAGAUGCAAAUGUUUCAGAAGAUAGAACUACAGUUGGAGCUGAAAUAACCAGGAAUCUGCCAGUGAAAGAUAGUGUUGAGGGUGUGCAUAUUGAUCCCAUGGACAGCUCAAGCUUCAAAGAGAAUGCUAAAAUUGAGAAAAGUGAUAUGACGAGGGAAAUUGAGUCUGACGAUUCUGUUGAAGAAAGUGAUUAUGAAUCAGAAGGCAAUCAUGAUGAAGUUGAUCAGGAAAUUCUUUUUAACCAUGAUCAAGAAAAAGCUGAAUUCCACAAUGGAAGGAUGAGACGAAAAGCCAUUUCUACUAAUUUUAAAGAUUUAGAGGAUUCUGAAGAAGAUGAUGCAGAUAACCAGUUGAAUCUCAGUUCAGAAUCUUCUGACGGCAGUGUUGAGGGCACGGACUCAGAUGCAGAGAGAGGAAAUGAUUCAAAGUGGAAGGAGUCUUUGAUUGCCAGAGCAAGGACGAGGCAAAAUAUUAAUCUGAUGCAACUUGUAUAUGAACAUUCUUCGUCUAACCCCGUAAGCACUGGGGUAAUAACAGGUAGCAAUAGUGAAGAUAGUGAUGAUGAUGAAUUUUUCAUACCAAAAAGUGAGUGGGACAAGAGGAUCAUUGAGAAACCUGACUAUGAUGAUAUCGAUGUUGAGGACUGCUCCAAAUUGGUUAUUCCACAACUCAAGGACUGGUCUAAUGAAGACCUCAUCAGUAAUAUCCGUGAUCGUUUUGUCACAGGAGAUUGGUCUAAGGCUGCUAAAAGAGGUGAAGAGGGAGAUGCUGAAGAAGAAGAGGAGGAAGCCCUUUAUGGUGAUUUUGAAGAUCUGGAAACAGGUGAUGUGUUCAAAAACCAGUCAGUAGAUGAUGCUAAAGAAGAUGAAGUUAUAGAGAUGGAAGAUCCUGAAGUGGAGGAGCGAAGGCUUAAAAAGCUUGCUCUUCGUGCAAAAUUUGACGCUCAAUAUGAUGAAUCUGAGAUAUCGGAUGAAGAAGAUGAUAAGGCUAAAGGGAAAAAUAUUUCCUCAGUUGGUGCCAAUACUGGUAGCUACUUUGACAAGAUGAAAGAAGAGAUGGAGCUUCGUAAACAGAUGAACAUAUCUGAACUCAAUGAGCUUGAUGAGGCUACUCGUGUAGAGGUUGAGGGCUUCAGAACUGGAACAUACCUGAGGUUGGAAGUUCAUAAUGUUCCAUUUGAAUUGGUUGAACAUUUCAAUCCACAUCACCCUGUACUGGUUGGGGGAAUUGGACUUGGGGAAGACAAUGUUGGUUACAUGCAGGCUCGCCUGAAGCGUCACCGGUGGCACAAGAAGGUGCUGAAGACCAGGGAUCCAAUAAUUGUUUCAAUUGGUUGGAGACGUUAUCAAACGAUUCCUGUCUAUGGCGUUGAGGAUCAGAAUGGGCGACAUCGCAUGCUGAAGUACACACCCGAGCAUAUGCACUGUUUUGCAAUGUUUUGGGGCCCUCUUGCACCUCCCUCUGCUGGAAUAAUUGCCGUGCAAAACUUGUCCAAUAAUCAGGCAUCUUUCCGAAUUACGGCAACUGGUGUGGUGCUUGAGUUUAAUCAUGCUGCCCGAAUGAUGAAGAAGAUAAAGCUUGUUGGCUAUCCUUGCAAGAUCUUUAAGAAAACAGCUUUAAUCAAGGACAUGUUCACAUCAGAUUUGGAAAUUGCUAGGUUUGAAGGUGCUGCUGUUAGAACUGUGAGUGGUAUCAGAGGACAGGUCAAGAAGGCUGUGAAGGCAGAAUUAGGCAACAGGCCAAAGACAAUGGGAGGAAAUAUAAAAGAAGGAAUUGCUAGAUGCACAUUUGAGGACAGGAUUCUUAUGAGCGACAUUGUUUUCUUGCGUGCUUGGACUCAAGUCGACAUCCCUUGCUUCUUUAAUCCAGUAACAACUUCAUUGCAGUCCCGGGAUCAACCAUGGACUGGCAUGAAAACAGUCGCUGAGCUCCGCAGGGAGAAUAACAUUCCAGUUCCCUACAACAAGGAUUCAUCCUAUAAGCCUAUUGAGCGCCGGCCGAGGAAGUUCAAUCCUUUGGUGAUCCCACAAAAAUUGCAAGCAGACUUGCCAUUUGCUUCAAAGCCCAAGAACAAACCUGCUCAGAAACGUCCCCUUCUCGAAAAACGCAGGGCGGUUGUUAUGGAACCUCACGAGCGGAAGGUUCAUACCAUUAUCCAACACCUUAAGUUGAUCAAGAAUGAAAAGAUGAGGAAGCGUCAGCUAAAGGAACAGGAGAAGAAGAAAGAAUAUGAAGCCAUGAAGGCCAAGACGGAGCAGGUGCUGAAGAAACGUAAUAGAGAGGAGCGAAGAGAUAGGUACCGAGUUCAGGACAAGCAGAAAAGGAGAACAAGGAGAAAAGUAGCAUAGGCCUGAGUUACCAAUGUUUAGCUUGGUUGGUGGGCGAGUACGGUUGAGAACCCUCAACCCGUGCUCAAUUCCUCUCGAGCGGCAGCGCAUCUUAAGUGGGGCCAAUUAAGUGCUGUCAGGAGGUUUCAGGGGUGGAUGCCUCUUCUAGGUUAGUCGAGAAUUAGUCACGUCGCUGAGUGCCCUUUUGGAUGUAGCAGCGGGUGAAUAUUUCGUUCAAAAAAAAAAAAAAAACAAUUUUGUUCAUUAGGUAGUGUCUCUAGUGUUUAAAGGGAUUGGAUGUUGGAGCAGAAAUAUCCAUUAUAAAUAAAAUAGCAUUAUUUUGCCUCUUAU